GGAGGUGCUGAGGGACCUGGAGUUGUUUAGCCUGGAGAAAAGAAGCUGAGGGAAGACCUCAUCACUGUCUACAACUGCCUGAAAGGAGGUUGUAGCGAGGUGGUCUCUUCUCCCAAGUGACAGUGAUAGGAUGAGAGGAAAUGGCCUCAAGUUGCAUGAGGACAGGUUCAGAUUGGACAUCAGAAAAACUGUCUUCAUGGAAAGGGUUCUGAGGCCCUCCCAGAGGCUGCCCAGGGAGGUGGUGGAGUCCCCAUUCCUGAUUUUUAAAAGCCCCGUACAUGAGGUGCUCAGGGAUGUGGUUUAGUAGUGGACAGGUAUGGUUGGACUUGAUGAUUCAAAGGUCUUUUCCAACCAAAAUAUUCUGAUUCUAUGAUUCUCUGCAAGCUGUGGUUGCUCCUCUGCUUGAGUUUGGUUCGGUGCAUCCUGUGAAUCACUCUGCUUUUGGGGCCUUGCUGCUGGCUUCUGCCAAGCCUUGUUGACUCAUGGGCUGAGUGGCCAGCCCUGGCCUUCCUCCAGGAAGGGAUAAGUCUCUUGGGCUCUGAGACUCAUCAGUUGGAUCCGGAGAAUACAGCGUGCCAGCUAUGCUCUGUGGCCUCCUGAACACCUGUGCUGGAGGAGUUGAGUUUGUGUCAUUUUGUGCAGACUAAAUAGUCACCUCAGUGGGUGCUGAUGUGAAAUUGGGUCUAAGGAGACAUCAUUUUGUCUGUUGGGGUGCAAGUUCUUAUGAAUGGUGUAGAGCUGCUUUAGUACAUUCCAACCAUCCUUGUCCUUUGCAGAGGGACCUGUAACAGGAUAAGCUCAUUUGUGCUGGUGAAGCAGUGAUGGAAGACCCAAAGUGUGGUUGCCCAGGAUCUUCCUGAGCACACGUCCUAUGUGUGACUCCGUGUGCUGGUUGCCUCCUCCAUGACUAUGAAGAACGAGUGCCUGGGAGGACUGGAGAAUGCUGAAAAUAGACACCAAGAGGCUUUAAUUCCAUGGUUGUGAGUGAUCCCCUGCUCCACAUGUGCUGCUCUUGGCUGACGCCAGGACACAGAAAUCCCCGCGCUGGGGUUCAGCUGCCAGGCUGCGUGACCCAGCUGUGGACCUCGGUCAAGUGCCACAGCUUCUGUCAGCUGGGAUAUCAAGUGAUGGAGGCUGCAGGGAGGAGGAAGAAUGCCUGUUCCUUUCCACACAAAGGCCCUUUAUGAGCUGCUCUGGAGGACCACCAGCUGUUGCGAUCCUCAGCCCCACGGAGGGGCAUGGAUAUCUCCAUGCUCUGCUUCCAUGGGUGGUGGGAAGCAGAGAGACUUCUGCCUUCACCCAGCCCCAAGACUAUGCUGCUCUGUCAUUUCUACUGGGUGAGAAAGUGGAGGAGUGAGGGGAAACCGGUGAUGGUGAAGUAAUGGUGAAGCUAUGUCGUGGUGACAGGCUGACUGGAGCCUGUCAGCCACCCAGGGUUUCCAUUGGCUUAUGGUCCUUGCUCCAUCCCAGCCCUUGGCUCACCCCUCCACGGCAGCCCUGGCCACUAACUGCCCUUUCUUGGAAAGAUGUUCACAGCGCUCUGCCCAACCUCGUCCCUCUGGACCUCAUUGCUGCUGAUUUCCUGGUGGCUGAAAGCCAUCUCACGCUUUUGAACGUUGCCUCAUUGUGUGCCAGGCUGCUGAGUUACAGCUGCUCUGCUGGGCUUCCACCGCGCCGCCUGGAUCAUAGAAUCGCUUGGUUGGAGAAGACGUUUGAGAUCAUCAAGUCCAACCCUACCUGUCCACUACUAAACCAGAUCCCUGAGCACCUCAUCUACGCGGCUUAUAAACCCCCAGGGACGGGGACUCCACCAUCUCCCUGGUAGCCUCUUCCAGUGCCUGGAUCCAAGAAGGGACAGCAACACCCUCUCUUCCUCAGCUUACUUUUCCACAGGUUUAUUCUUUUGAAUGACUUUAUUUUUUUUGCAGUGUUUCUCCUCUUGGGGAAGUGGUAGGACCUGCACAGCCCCUCUAUGGUGAGCUUCAGUAGAAGACCAUCCUCAAUCUUCAGCGAGUCCUUCCUGACGCUCUACAGAGCUUGACCCACAAAGGGUAGAAGAUGUUUGUGAGAGCUUGUGGGCCAGCGUCUCCUGGAGAGCGAGUCACCCCUCACUGGCUCCUUGGGGGCCGUACCAGACGUGCUGUCAGCCUGGAUGAAAAGGUGCCGGCGCCUGCCCGGGCAAAGGUGGCCGUGAAGGCCGAGGGCAAAGAACUCAUCCUGGUGCUGGAGAGGAACCAGCUGCUGGCACGAGGCUACACCGAGACGCACUACACUGCGGAUGGGCAGCCCGUGACGGUGGCUCCCAACCACACGGACCAUUGCUACUACCAUGGGCACGUCCACGGCUAUGGAGGCUCCUGGGUUGUCCUCAGCACCUGCUCAGGAAUACGGGGCCUGAUCGUACUAAGCAGCAACUCCAGCUACUACCUGAAACCCCUGGGGACCCCCGAGCCGGGCCACCACGUCAUCCACCGCGCAGAGCACUUGCCCAUCCAAGGUGGGACCUGCGGCCACGGUGAUGAUUUUGUGAGCAGCAUCGCUGACAUCGCUCGGCUCUUCCAACCGGUGCAGCACCGGGCAAAGAGAGAUGCCUGGAGGACCAUGAAGUACAUGGAGCUCUUCAUCGUUGCUGAUCACACACUGUACAGGAACCAGAACCUCAACCUGGGCCACACCAAGCAGCGCAUCGUGGAGAUUGCAAACUACGUGGACAAGUUUUACAGGUCACUGAAUAUCAAGGUGGCCCUCAUCGGCCUGGAGGUGUGGACAGAGCGGGACCAGUGCGCCGUCACCAGCGACGCCAACACCACGCUCUGGUCCUUCCUGCAGUGGAAGAAGGCGCUGAGGUCACGCAAGAAGCAUGACAACGCCCAGCUGCUGACAGGGAAGACAUUCAGGGGGACAACCAUCGGCAUGGCCCCGCUGGAGGGGAUGUGCAGCGCAGAUAACUCUGGAGGUGUCAGUGUGGACCACUCGGAGCAGCCCAUCGGAGCAGCCGCCACUAUGGCCCAUGAAAUUGGCCACAAUUUCGGCAUGAGCCACGACAGCACUGGCUGCUGCGUGGAGGCCACCCCGGAGCAAGGCGGCUGUGUCAUGGCAGCGGCCACCGGACACCCCUUCCCUCGCGUGUUCAGCUCCUGCAGCAAGAGGCAGCUGGAGAACUACUUCCAGAAGGGAGGUGGCAUGUGUCUCUUCAACCUGCCUGACACCAAGGACCUAGUGGUGGGACGGAAGUGUGGCAACGGCUUUCUGGAGGAAGGAGAAGACUGUGACUGUGGGGAGGUGGAGGAGUGCACCAACCCAUGCUGCAAUGCACACAACUGCACGCUGAAGGCGGGGGCCCAGUGUGCCCACGGUGACUGCUGCCAGAGCUGCAAGCUGAAGGUGGCUGGGACCAUGUGCCGAGAAGCAGCAGGAUCCUGUGACCUCCCUGAAUACUGCACUGGUGCCUCACCCUACUGCCCGGCCAACGUUUACCUGCUGGAUGGCUCAUCCUGCGCCUACGGCGAGGCUUACUGCAACAACGGCAUGUGCAUGACCCACCAACAACAAUGUGUCCAGCUCUGGGGUCCAGGUGCCUGGCCGGCCCCAGACGCCUGUUUCCAGGAUGUGAACAUGGCUGGCAACACCUAUGGCAACUGCGGUAAAGACAGCCAAGGGCGCUAUGUGAAAUGCGAGAAGAGGGAUGCUAUGUGUGGCAAGAUCCAGUGCCAGAGCUCAGCAAAGAAGCCCCAAGGGACCAACACUGUCUCCAUUGACACCACCAUCCGUUUCAACGGGCGGGAGGUGAAGUGCCGAGGGACCUACAUGUACACCGCGAAGGAUGAUGAAGACGACCUUUCUGACCCCGGGCUGGUGAUGACAGGGACGAAAUGUGGAGAUGGGAUGGUUUGCAAAGAUCGACGGUGCCAGAAUGCCUCCCUUUAUGAGCUGGAAAAGUGUGUUUCCCGAUGCAACGGCCACGGGGUCUGCAACAGCAACAAGAACUGCCACUGCGAUGCUGGGUGGGCUCCCCCCUACUGCGAGAAGCCAGGCUUGGGUGGCAGCGUGGACAGUGGCCCUGUGCAACGUGACAAUCAUGAAGCCAUCUUAAUAAGCCUUCUGCUCAUCUUCCUGCUCUUCCUUCCGGCCUUGAUGAUGAUCAUCUACUUUUGGUACCGUCGGGAGAACUCACUCCUGAAUAAAUGGAUAAAGGAGAUGAGGAGGAGGAGCCAGGAGACAUACAGGAACAAAACCAUGGCUCGAAAGUCAACUGGUGGCCAUUCCAAAGCUGCUUUUACUUUGCGGAACAUUUCCACCUCCAGCCACACUAAUAAAGCAACGCGAGCUGCAUUUCCCUCCAAACCCAGUGCUCAUCAGCCUGGUUCCCAGCCCGUCAACAUUGUCCACCCUCUUCGCCCAGCUCCCCACUCCAUCCCUCCGCGCCCGAGAGACCCAAAGCCUGCCAGGCCACCUCCACCACGCAGCAAAUCGCCCAUGGGCCACACCAAACCAGUCAUCUCCCAGGCUAAGGUGCCACCUCCGAAGAAACCUCUUCCCUGCAGCCCCGUGAGGACCCCACUGGUCGUUCCAAAGCACCAGCCCCCACGUCGGCCACUACCUGGAAGUCCUUUUCUGGCCAAAGAAUUGCCUCCUGCACAUGGACAGACCCUGCUGGUCAUGGUCCCUCCUACCAACUUCAAGACAUCGGGUACAAGUGCCAUGAGCCACCCCACCAGGCCAUUAAAACCGAUGCCACCUCAAAGGCCAGUCCCAGCCAUCAAAGCCCAAUCAACCUCCUUUCUCUUGAAGAAGUGACGAACCAAGGACACCUUAAGCCCAUCCUUCCUGAGCUGGCUCUCCUGAUUUGCACUGCUGCUGGCGACAGGGGUCUUUUAUUCCUCUCUUUUAUUUGUCUUUUGAUACCAGAGGACUAUUUUUAUAAGACAGAAUAUGCACAAAAACUGUAGUGGUGGGAGGGGAGGAGAGGGGAAAUCGGUACCGUGACAUAACUAAGGGUUAAGCUGUUCGUGGGGUUACCACGAUGGAGACUCCAGCAUCGCUUCCUGGCCGAUUUAUCCCCCCCAGCUUUAGUUUCUUCUUGUCAUUGCACAUGGGCUGGGAUGGGAUGACUUGGGGUCAAAUGAACAUCUGACACUGAUGAAAGAUGCUGAUGACAGCGGCAGCGAAAGCCAUGUAAUAUCCUUCUAGCUACCUCCUCCUUCUCCUCCAGGCCCACCCACCCAUUGCUGCCAGAGUUCAAUGCUGGGCCUUGUCUCCAGGGAGACAUUUGCCAUGAAAGAAAAGUGGUUUCCAGUUUGGACUUUGCCAUACAGUGCUGGGACAUUUCCAUGAAGCAUCCAAGCUCUCAGGCUCCUCCUGGCCUCCCGCCUGGUUGCACAGGAAAUAGCAGUGACAAUCCUGGGGCCGUACCUGGAAGGAGAAACCAUCUGAGAAACGGUUCAAUGUCUGAACUGCUGGUGGCAGCUGGUUCCCAAGGUGCUUUCAAGGGGCUCGGGAGCCCUCCAUAAACAUUGCAUGUUCCCUGCUCGUGGGGCAAGCCCAGCAGUGGCUCUGUGAGCUGCUAACACUCUGCUGUCCAAAGGGGGAAGGAGCCACAAGCCGGGAACAAGAGCAGGAAGACCUCCUUCCUGCAUCAUUGGCUUGCCCAAAGGCCUUGGCCAAGCCAUUGCAUUUCUCUGUGCCUCAGUUCCCCUCGUCUGUAAAACGGGGGGUAAAUACCUACCUCACAGGGGUGUUGUGAGGUUUAACAAAGUGAUAUCUUGAAAGGGCUUUACAAUCCUCAGAUGAAAGGUGCUGUUGACCUGCACAGUGCUACACCGUGCCACUUUCCUGUGACUUGACAUGCGGCUCUGUCAGGGUCUGAAAUGAAAACAAAGGCUUUCUACAGUCCUCUG